UGAUCAUCACAGGAUGAGUCUGAGGCAAGGAAUCAGAUAGAACGGCUUUUGGGUGUCAUGCAGGCCUGGAGCACUGUUGUAGUGACCCUGGCCACCCUGAUGGUCGCCACUGUGGAUGCCAAGAUUUAUGAACGUUGUGAGCUGGCAAGAAAGCUGGAGAAGGCUGGCCUCAAUGGCUUCAGAGGCUACACUGUGGGAGACUGGCUGUGCGUGGCACACUAUGAAAGUGGCUUUGAUACCUCCUUUGUGGACCGCAAUCCAGAUGGCAGCAGUGAAUAUGGCAUUUUCCAGCUGAACUCUGCCUGGUGGUGUAACAAUGGUGUCACAUCCACCCAGAACCUCUGUCACAUUAAUUGUAAUGACCUGCUCAACAACCAUAUCAUUGAUGACAUCGCAUGUGCCAAGCAUGUUGUAUCCUUACAUAAGAGUAUGAAUGCCUGGGAUUCUUGGAGCCGGCACUGUGCUGGUCAUGAUUUAUCUGAAUGGCUCAAGGGGUGUGAUGUGCAUCUGAAAACUGACUCAAGCCAUACUGAGUGGUGACUCAGAUUUCAUAAGUAUAGAGAUUCCAUUUUUUCUUUUGUGGGUUUAAUAAAAAAUGGCAUCUAUAACUAAUGCAAGAUCUA